AUGUCUAAAAAUCGCCGAACACGCGCAUCAUUUGGUUAUAGUGUUCCCCCACCCAUUCAAAUUAAUACAACAGCAAUCACUCCUCGAGAAUACACUAUAGCAAUUCGACAGUUUUCAAACAGUUCAACACAACAAGAAAGUCGUGAGAAGAACAGCCACUCGCCUACAAGUGGCUUUGAGAAAACUUUUAUUAAGUUGCGGGGGUUCAUUGGUGGGAAAGAAAAGGAACAAAAGGAAAUGGAGACGACAUUAGAACUCAUUCUCACAUCAAUUAAAACACUUAACCCCCCACAUCAACUCAUCGACAUUUUUAGGUUCCACAACUUCAUAUUGCUUCCACAGUUCAACGACAUCCAAUUCAUCGACCCAAGAAUUUAUGUGUGGAGGACGGAGAAGAGGCGGAGGUACAUACUUGGCGAACUGUGUUACCGAGCGUUGUCGAAAAUCUUCACCACUAGCGAAAUGAUUGAAAUGAUCUUUGGGAAGGACAAUAUGACGAACCCUAUUUGCACCACAUUUCUCGACACCGUAGUCACAAACGCAGUCCACGUCUUCGAACCAUACGACGAUCCAAGUUUCUCGGAAGAAGGUAAAAUCACACAUAUAUCCCCACAGAAAAUGUUUGAGUGUGCUCUCGACAAGCACGACAAGCAAGGGAUGUUCGAAACGUUUGUCACGGGCUGGAAAUUUUUCAUGAGUGUUGAAGACGUGAGUCGGAAAUGUAUUGAAGAGAAACAAAAAGAGCUUGAACUGCUUGAAAAGGGGGAGAAAAUGACUCAAUUUCAAGUAGAGCGAAAGAGUCGACUUGAACGGUUGGUGUGCUGUUUCUCUGAAUUUGUCGACAAGUUUCCCGGAGAAAUUGGGAGUGCCAUGAUGAAAUAUUUUGCGACAGAAGAUUCGACGGAGGUGAUGAAGAAUUCAGUGAUCCGAGCAGUGAAAGGAGCACAAAAAGAAGAAGAGAAAAGUCUGUUACACACUUCAUAUCCAUUUCUACCGGAACUCAAAUCCCCUGAAAAGGCGAGUUUUAAGAAACGAUCCCUGUCGGGGAAUAAGAAGACGGAAAAGGUGAUGUCUGCGUCAUCAUCACCAAUAUCGUCAGUACAAAAUUCCCCAAGACAAAGACCAUGUUCGGAUGAAAUGGUACAAGACGUCAACUAUGACAAUUUUGUGUUACUCGACCCUUAUUUGACAGCAAGACAAAUGAUAUACUAUAACAGAGAAAUGCUCAAUAACGUGUCAUUGGCGGAAUUCUUCGAUUAUAAAAAUAGUAAGGCGUAUGAAAAGUAUAUGAAACGACUGAACUCGUUGACAAAUGUGUUGGACAAGAUUAAAUUGGUGAGUAAAGCGUUUGAAAUCUUCAUUAAUAUAGCGUCGAGUGCAAUGGAACUGAACGACUUCACUGUGAGUUAUUUGGUGUACAAAUUCAUUAAAGACAAAUUGCAGUUACUCGAACUGAAGUUGGACAAAGUAAUCAAAAAGGAUUUCGACGAAUUGGACUUCACAUUCUCAUGCGUCAAAAACUACUACAAUUAUAGAACAAAAUUCCAAACGAUAUGUACAACAACAGCACCAAGAAUGCCACUCCUCUUUGUGUGGGAAAAUGAUAUGGACGCGCUCUCAAAUGCGUCACAUGUGGAUCAAGUGGGGCAAAUCGAUUUAAAUCAAUUAAAGUCGCAAAUCGACUUAGUUGGUAUUAUAGACGCUGCAAAGACAAUACCUUACUCUAUCGACCAGAACGUCUCAUUCCAGUUCUUCUUCCACUCAAACUAUUUUUAA